UUUUUUUUCUUUGCUUAGUUUGAAAGUUUGUCAUCAGCAGAUCUGGAGCACCGGGACGGAGCACCGGAGAGAAGCCAACAGCAGAGCUCCGAGGCGGUGGAGGAAUGGGCUGCAGCCACAGCAAGAAAAAGAGCAAAGGCAAGAAAGGUGAGAAGAAACAGAAGGACAUCAAAUGUCAAGAUGGAGGUAAACGUUUGUCCAGUGACCUGGACGUGUGUCUGGAGAAGCAGCUGGAGCGUUUUGAGUGGCAACUGAAGAUUUUAAAGGAAGUGCUCUCAGCCAAUGGGAGCUCAGAGAGGGCAGAGCUACUGAAACACCAUACUGAAGAAGAAGGGUGUGCCCUUGUUCUGAGCAUCCUCGAUAAGGUGAGAACAGAGACAACAGCUGAUCUGAACGUUCUGCAUGAACGCAAAAGUAAAUCAGCCGUAGAAGAGCACGAGAGACACGUUGAAGAGCUGCAGGCAAGACAUGAUCAAGAGAAACGUCAACUGACAGAAAAGUUUCAGGCGGCUGAAGAUAUCCUCAAGGCUACGGUGGAGCAGUUAACAGCUGAGCUGCAGGUCUACAACGAGCUGAAGAGGCGAGUCGAACAAUCAACCUUUAAGAAGGAUUUGCAAAGAAAUAUUCAGGAGCAUGGUAGCCCAGGUGCAUUCUGGGAGUCUGAGCAGGAGUCUCUGCUGUUUGUUAUUGAGAUGAAGGCUGAGCGUGUGCAGGAGCAAAGCAGGAAGCUGCGGCAGAUGGGUGACCUGGUGGAGAAGAAUCUGUCCCUGGAGGACCAGAUCGUUUAUAUCCUGCAGCAGAACGAGGACCUGAAAGUUCGAAUUGACAACUGCCAGGCUCUCAUUCAGCAGUUUUCGAAGGAGCAACAGGAUCUGAAGGUGGCGCUGGAGAGACAGUUGGCAGUAAACCAGAAUCUUUCUCAGGAAAAAGAGCAGCUGAUGUUCAAACUGAGACACAGAGAUUCAUGUCCAGCGAUCCACCUGCCAGCCAUGAUGCAGGAGAUCGCCCCCAGAUGACCCUGAUCGCACACAGGUCUCCAAGUGUGAUUCUGAAUCAUAUGGCCUGGUUUACUGCUCAGGGUGCAAGACUCAGACUGAUCUGACAACCAUCUGGGAUCCAGUUUAAAAUCUCUGGAGCUGCAUCAGUGCAGGAUGCUAAAAGCUGGAUUCAAUAUGUCUGGCUGAGUCUCUCUGCAGUGUGCUGUCAGGCAGGCUGGUAUUUUUGAGGCUUUGAGAACAUUGUGUUUAGAGCUGUGCAGGUUUUUUUAUUUUUUAUUUUAUCUUUUCAUUUCAUUGUAGUGGUUUCUGAAACUGAGAGACAGAAGAAAACCAUUCAGUAUGUGAUAAUACAAGCAACCCGGUAAAGGGGUUUCAUUUCUUUAAAACCUCAAGAUAGCCUGGAUUAAACUUAGUGCUAAAACUCACAACUGUUUCUUAUUGGUGGUAAAGCUUUGGUUCAUAAACAUUGAUGAAAAUCAGCAAAAUCCUACAAUAUGAGAAGUCAUUUAGCUUUAAGCUUUGGAAAUCCAUAAUUAUACAUUUUCAUUUUGUUCUGUCAAUCAUUAACGUGAUAAGCCACUAACUUAAACUGAUAAUGUAAGGUCUUCCUCAUUGAGAUGUCCUACAUACUGAUCACAAUUAUUUUUUUCUUGAUGGAGUAAAUGCUAAUUUUCAAAUUGUGUUAAUUAUCACAAUAAUCAGUCAGGGUUUUAAACUUUGACACUUGGACUCAAACAUCUAUAGAUUCUUUGGAAUUGUCUAAAUCUGUAGCGCCAUCUUCUGGGCUCAUAAGUGAAGUGCCUUGCUCGUCAACGUAGAGAGUUUCGACUUUAGUUUCCCACCAGCGGGUGUGGCUCUUCUCUGCAGAGCUCAGGGACGGUUUUAAAGGAAUCAGUUGUCACUUAAAUCCAUUUUGGAGUCCUUUGUUGAUGAUGUCAGAAAGUAUUUUAGGACUUGCGUUGCAAAAGAUUGACAGAUGUAACGGAUGGAGUUCUUUCACUCAGGAAUGGUUGCUUGUUCCCCCCAAGGAUCUGCCAUAUUACAUACAGAUGUUGAACUUUUCAAUCUGUGCCUUCAUGCCAUGCUGGGAGGUUUGUUACCAUAAACUGAACAACUGUAGUUAGUCUUUUCUUGACAUACUUAGUGUUUUGUUUUUUUCUGCAAACUCAUCCUCAUUCCCCAGGUCCACAUACAACUAUUUUUCCAAAUCCUCCAUGUGCCUCUUGAGAUCUUUUUGUUUUUCAUAGCAGAAGAUAUAUUUAGAGCAUAUUGUCAAACAACUGGUUAUUUCAAUUAAGCAGUAUGUUUAAAUUUGUGGUAUCACUGUGGACAUUGUUUUACGUGACUUUGGAAAGCAAGUUGCAACAUAAAUCAAGAUUUGUUUUCUUGCCAGCUUCAUUGAACCAACUUAAAUUAUGCUAACCUGCUAGCUCUGAGGUUUCGGGGCGGUAAAUACUUGCUAACAGCAACAGCAGCAGUUCGUUUCAGAGCUGAGGUCAGUGAUGAGCCUGUAUGUCUUCACCUGACUGUCUACAAGUUUAUUCAAUUAAUUUAAUUAAACACAGCACAGCAGCUUAAGGUUAGCGUGCUACCUUCCCUUAUUUUACUUUUUUUGUUUCUUUUUAUUUUACUCUUUAUUUGAGUUAUAUUCAUGUUUUCUGUUCUAGUUUAAUUGAGAUCAGGACAUACUUGUUAGCAAUCAUAACAGUUACUGUAUUAUUCUUCAUUUGUUUUGUGAGAUGUUUUUGACACAUGUUGCCAAAAAAAGUUGAAGUUGUCAGUGUUUUGUCAGCUCUGUCAAUAUGCACCAGCACUUUGACCAGGAUUUUACAGGAAAUUGUACUAUAGACUUAUUUUGUGGUGUGUUGUACAGUCUUGAAUAAUAUUUCUGCUUGGUACAAAAGUGUUUUUUUCAGCGAAUAGUGCAAGCAUUUGUUUUCAUGUUCAUGUAGAUACAGUUUUCUUGGCUUUCGAAAUAAAAAAUAAAACCAA